AUGGACCGUGAUCCUUUCGAUUACGGAUUGUUAAAUGGAGUGAAUUCGGGUUUUAAUAGGAUCAGCGGUAGCGAUGAAAAUUCGGUGAAAUUUUCCGAAUCAAAACCUAGGUCAGACUUCACUCGGAUGUGCAAUGUUUCAAAAUACUAUGAUCCCAACGAAAAUGAACGGUUAUCCAGUCUAACGUCCAAAUACCUACUUCAUUCAAUCGUUGUAGUCAUGCGCCAUGGUGUGAGAGCGCCUCUCUCAUUUGUCCAUUCAUCAUUUGAAGAUGGAUCCAAUGUUGGUGAAAAACCCACCUGCUCUCUUAAACCAAAAGAAAAUUUACUAGACAAAAAGAUUAUUAAAAGAAUUAAUUCGAUAAAGAAGUUAGCAGGAUCUUUAAGUUCCAAUGAACCACCAUUAGUCAGAGCUUCUGCUUUCCCGAAUACAGAACGUUGUGAUGUGGGACAACUGACGGCCAAAGGUGCGAGGCAGAUGUAUUUAUUAGGUUCUCUAUUCAAUGGAAAAUAUUCACAGUUAUUAAGAAAUGUUUUUCUUGAUUCAAACCAGAAACAUCACAUAUUUGCUCAAACCACAUAUUAUCUUAGAACCUACCAAAGUGCAAUGGCAUUUUUAGCUGGAUUUUUUGGAAACUUCACAAAAGUUUUGAAGAGUUUACACUUGAAGUCAUCUAAUUUAACAUCUACACAACAGCAGAACUAUAAAUUACUGCAUUUAAGUCUUUUAGAUAAUAUCUACCACUGUGAUGAUCAUUUUAAAUCCACUAAUAAAUACUUCUGCAGCUGUUCAAGUGCAGUCAACAUUCCCGAUAAAAUUAAGAAUAAAAUGGACGGUUUACCUGUUGCUUCUAAAAAAGUGCCAGGCAUAACAAGUUUGAUUGAGAGUUCCAAAAAAAUUAGAAAGGAACUUUUUGGUGCCUCCAUGAGCUUAGGAAAUGUCAUUGAAAUCAUUUCGUCGUAUGUUUGUUUCGACCUUCACCUUCCUUGUUAUCUUGUUGAAAAGUGA